GUAUACCAUACAUCCGGCUGUACGGUGAGCACCGUACAGCCGGCCCAAUUUUAGUGUUUUUAAAUUACUUAACUGUUGGCCCGUGCUCCAAAAGCCCAAAAUUUGAAAAUACCCGGUUGCGGUAAAAUAAAAUACAUGAACGAUUUUUUUUAAAAACAAAAAGCAACUGCAAAUCUCUCAAAAACCGCAAUCUCUUCGCACGAGACACAACUCUUCCCAACUACACCGCCAUAUCUGUAUCUCGACAUUAAUGGUGACCAGUUAAUCGGAGUUGUUGCUUUACGAGCUAGAAGAAGACGGGGAAGGAGAUCUGAGUUCCGAAGUGUUAGGUUUUGAGUACUAAGAACGAACAGAGCUAUGGAUCUCGUUUCAGAAUGGAACAUGCUUUCAAAUGCACAUGAAGAACACGAAAGUGCUGAAGCAUCUGAAAAAAAUCCACCAACAAAGGUUGUAACAGAGAUUCCAGUCCUGCGUAAAAUACCAAAAAGGAAAGCAUUAAAAAGUCCAAAAGUUUCAAAAGCCCUGAAGCAACAAAAGAAGGUAGGUGUUCAAAAGAAAAGAAAAGCAUCUGAAGAGGUUUUAGAAGUUAAACAACAUACAGCUGCAGAUGAGGAUGCUGUUGAUGGAGAAAGUUUCAAGCAGAAUGAGGAUCCAGGUCAGAAUACAGUUCAAGAAAAAAGUGAUGAACAAGUUCAUCAAGAUACUGUUCAGGAAGCUGAAAAAUAUAUUGAAGAAUAUGAGCAUGUGGAGGGAGUUAAUGAGAAAGAAAAUGAUGAUGGCACUACAGCAGAUGUCAAUGCUUUAGAAGAAGUUGAGCAACAUACUGCAGCAGAAAAGAAACAGCUUUUAAUGCAAGCAUUGAUAGAAGAAGUGGGUGAACAAGAGAGUGGUGAAAAAAGAAGAAAGAGCAAAACAUCAAAAGCAAGAAAAGUUGAGAAAAGUGCAAUGCAAGUCUUCUCAAGCAAAAGAAUAACAAGAUCGCAAACAUCAGAAGAAGGUGAUAACAAGGAAAAAGAAGUUGCGAAAACUGGAAAUAAAAGUAAAGUGGUAGCAAAGAGAGAGAAUAAAGAAAAGUUGAAGAAAAAGAAAGAAGACGACGUAGAAGAAGAUGAAGAUGAGGAAACAGAAAAGGAGGGUGAUGAUAACCUUCCAAAGCUAUGGUCAAGAAUGUCUCCUAGAAGUCUAACUGAGGUAAUCACAUCCCUCUCUGAAGAACAGAAGGAAGAAGUGGUAGACAUGGGGUUUGGCCCAAUACUACACUUAAAAAUCAAACAAUUGCCAAUGCAGUUGGCAUAUUGGGUUGUGGACAGGUUUGAUAGCAGGAGUGUUUCAUUGCAUUUGCCAAAGAACGAGAAAUUGCGUGUCACUGAAGAUGCAAUACACUACACAAUGGGAUUUCCAAAGGGAAACUUGGAUGUGAAAAGGUUGAUAGAUACUCAAGGUGAAAAAACAGCAGAGAUGGUGGCUGAUUGGAGAGCACAGUUCAGUAGUGAUAAAGGACUUGUGAGGACUGGUGAACUGAAAGAUCUAUUGGAGAAAAAUAAACAAGCUGGAGGCUGGUUCAAAAAAAAUUUCUUGGUUCUCCUGGUGACUUGUUUAAUUGAAGGAAAGCAGAAUUGCUUUGUCAAUCAAAGCAUACUCAAAGCACUGGAUGAUGAGUCACAAAUAAAGAAUUUUAAUUGGUGCAGUUAUGCUUUGCAGACAUUGAUUGAAUCAAAGGACUACUGGAAUAAAAGCAGAGCACGACAGUUCCCAGGACCUCUUCUCUUUUUGAUUGUAAGUUAAAAACUAUAUAAUUUCAAUACUCAAAGUAAUCAUUUUAUUACUCAAUUAUGGUAUGGUAAUGCACAAUUCUAAAUAUUGAAAAAUGUUAGGUGUUUUAUGUUGACAAUAUGGUAUUCAAAGGAAGGAAAGUAGACAGAGGCUUGCCAUCUAUAGUUGGAUGGACAACUCAGAAUCUCAACAAAAGGGAAAAGGAAGAGAUAGAAAGUGGAGGGUUUGGAUUUGGAUACAUAGAUGAACCAAAUCAAGGAACUCUUACAAUUCCAAAUCUGAUUCAGAAUGAAGAGAAUAAGAAAAACGAGGAAGAAUGCAGUGAGCAAGCAGAUAAGGUAAGGCAAAUAAUGUACUCUUUAUACACUUGAGUAUCAUAUAAAUUAUACAUGAGUAUAUUAUUAAAUUAAAUUGAGUAAUAAAUAUGAACAGUGGAAAAACUGAGUUACUCUAAAAUUAUCAUAUAAGCAUAGAAAAAUUGUUGUGCAUCAUUUUAUAUGUCCUUAACACAAUACAGUAACUCAAAAUAAAAUAAAAUAAAAUAACACUGAAUGAAAAUUUUAGUAAUACACUAAUACUCAUAUGAUUUAUACAGGAUAUCAUGAAGGAAUUCGCUUCAGCAGCAAAGCAUUUGGCAGAUAGCAUAGCAAACUUUGAUGAAAAGUUUCAAGAAGCUGCGAAGGUGUUGCCUGAUGAUGAAAAAAUGAAGGUUUUGCUAGGUAAAGUGCAUGGACUCUUCAACACAUACUCAACAGAGCCACAAACAACUGAAAAAGAAAUAAGAAUGACUCCUGAUGAUGAGUUUUGGACUGAAGAGGUUUUAAAGGCAGUUGAAGCUAUUGAAAAAGCUCAGAAAAAAAGGAAUGAUAGGCCUACAUUAAUACAAUACGAAAAGCCCAGUUUCACACUGCUUUCACAAGAGUCAAAUGAGCAUGCAGGUGGCCAGGAAGAUGAAGAACAGAGAGAUGAGCAUGUAUAUGCAGUUGCUGAGCAUCAAGAGGAGCUUGAUGAGCAACACAAUGAAGCUCAGGUAGAUAAUGAAGAGGAGGUGAUAAUAAACGCAAGUGAAGCUAUUCCUGUGACUGAAUUAAAAGAGCAUGAUAGAAUAAAGGCAUCUGAAAAGGGAAAGCAAGCUUGUUUUGAAGGAGAGGGCCAAUGUGGUGCACAUGUGGAAAGAGAAAAAAGACAAGUAAUGCCUGGCCCUGCUCUCAAGUCUCCAUACGUGAUCAGAAUUACAGAAAUGAAGGCAGGAACAACUACUGAAGAAGUCAAACUAGCUAAAUUUGUGUUUGAAGAGAACUCUGAUAAAUCGUAAGUAACUACAUAUUUGAAAACUGCUUGUCUAAAAUAUUUAAUUAAUAGUUAGCUGACAAUUGCUUAAAAUAAAUAGGGUUGUGCUCUAUAAAGAUGGAAAUCUGAUUGUUUCAAGAAAGGAGAUGGAGAGUUUGAACAUUGAUUCCAUAGUCAGUCCACUGUUGAUAGAUUUAUGGGCGAUGAUUUUGAAUGAAUUUGAGAGUCUGAAAAGCACUCAAUCAAGGAAUAGAUUGAUAUUCACAACAACACCAUGUGUAAGAUUUAUGAUUUUAAAUAUUUUUAUUUGAAUUUGAAAAUUAUAUCUUAUACAAUUGGUUUACAGAGAGUGUUGGAGGAAAAUCAGAUUAGUGCUGCAGCAACCAGAAACAAGAGAUUCAUUGAAGCUACAAGGAUCCAAUUCAAAAGGGCAUUGCCGAAAGUGAAGAACAUGGACUUGUUUAUCUUCCCAGCUGAACGUAAUGGUAGCUACUACCUAAUGUGCUUUGAUAUGAAGUACAUGAAGUUCUUAAUCAUUGAUAACUGUGACAAGGAAAUAGCAAUAGGAAUGAAGUACCUUUCUCAACCAACCCAACUGGUAAGUAAUAAAUCAAAAUUAUUUGUUUGUUAAAAUGUGUAUACUGUUUAUAAAAAAUGAGCAUCUGAACAUAUUUAAUGUGUAAAUGUUUUUAUUUACAGAAAAGUGCUGUACUUAAAUGGCUUAAAGAAGAAAAACAUCAGCAUGCUGACAAAGUGAAGAAUAUGAAGCCAGAAGUAGUCAAAAUGGCAUGGAGAAACAAAAAAAACAAAGCUAAUGAUGGUGUCUAUCUGAUGAGACACAUGGAAACUUUUAAUGGAGAGACAGACUGGGAUUGUGGCCUAGAAAAAGAACAUGUAAAGUACUUUUUUAUUUUUAAUCAAAGAUUUAAUGACAUAUUACUAAUAAAUAAAUAAUAUUGUAUGAUAAUACUAACACAAAUAAUCAUGCAGGAAAAGCACAUACAGGUCUUGAGGCUUAAAUACUUGCACAAGAUGUUGACAUUUCAAAGGAAUGAAGUUAGAAUGGAGUUGAUGAACAAAGUGAAGGAAAUGUAGUUCUUCUAAUGAUACUUAUGUUUAACUUAGUUUAAUAUGAACUUCAAAUGCUUCUAUGUUUUUGUUGGCAAAAGACAUAUUUUGUUCUUGUUAAUGUUCGAUGGUGAAUGUACUGGACAUGUGUUUUUAUGAUGAAAGAGACACUUCACGUUUAUGGCAAUGAUCAUUACUAGUACAUUACAUGCUCAUUUUAAAUAAAAAUAUACUCAAUCUGAGGAUUAGAAGUAACUUAAAAUGUAUAAACAUUGAGUGUG